AACAAAAUCACAUGGGCGAUGUCAGAUCAAAGAGAUUGUACACAAUAGACGACAGAGAGAAGCAUCUUAAAAAAUUCAAAUUUUCGAAUAGUGAAUCGGACCCGAUAACGGUGAGAGAAGAAAAAAAUGGUGAAGAAGGCGAAAAGAAGAAAAAUCGAAAAGACUUGUGAAAAAUUAGAAGCUCACAUUCAAAGGCAGAGGCAAGAGUUUCUUUGCAAUUUACAACGAUCCUCGGAGGAAUCGUGUGGUACAGGUUGUGAUUCAAAUGACUCGGAUUGUUACGUGUUAUCUCGUAAAAGAAAUAUAAGAGAAUUAUUCCUUAGAAGAGAUCCCGAGUUUUCGCGUACAAAUGUUUGCAACGAAGACACUGCUCGUGACAACUACACGUUCCCUCAUAAACAUUUCCUUGAACCGCAUAAUUUGUCCCAGCCAGAAUUGAGCUUCGUACAUGCAGUCAUCUUAUUAAGAUCCAUAGACGCUUCUCGAAUACCAGUCAAGCAAUUGCAACGAAUAUGUAAUGAACGAUUGAAUACACGCAGUGAAUUAAAAUUUUCUGUGGAUAAGGAUCUAUCCUGCAUCUCUGAAAAGUCUUCCAAUAAAAAAUCUGAGUUUUCUAAAAAUUAUAAAAUUAUACACGAUGGAGAGCACCUUGUCUUAACGAGUCAAGAUGAGUCAUUGUCGGUUAAUAAGACAUUCGGAGAAGAAUUCGAAGGCAGUCCAAAGAGUUUUAUUAUAACUCCAAAAAAUAAAUCUCAAAUAUCUAGUGAAUCCUUCGAACAUUUACUCGACAAUAGCCCCUUGCAGGACGAGCGGGCGAACACAAUCGACGCUGCAAAUUUUGAACGAAAAAUUUCGGACGACAGUGCAUACAAUACAAUCGAUAUAUUUAAUUGCGAUACCGUGAUAAAAGCAGGAUCAAUUAAUAAGGUAUUCGAAGAAGAGCAGCACCUGGUCUUAAUGGGCCAAGAUAAUUCAUUGUCAGUUGAUAAGACAUUCGGAGAAGAAUUCGAAGGCAGUCCAAAGAGUUUUAUUAUAACUCCAAAAAAUAUAUCUCAAAUAUCUAGUGAAUCCUUCGAACAUUUACUCGACAAUAGCCCCUUGCGGGACGAGCGGGCGAGCACAAUCGACGCUGCAAUUUUCGAACGAGACAUUUCGGACGACAGCGCGUACAAUACAAUCGAUAUAUUUAAGUGCGAUACCGUGAUAAAAGCGGGAUCAAUUAAUAAGGUAUUCGAAAAAGAGCAGCACCUCGUCUUAACGGGUCAAGAUAAUUCAUUGUCAGUUGAUGAGACAUUCGGAGAAGAAUUCGAAGGCAGUCCGAAGAGUUUUAUAAUAACUCCAAAAGAUAUAUCUCAAAUAUCUGAGUCCGAAUUUUUACUCGACAACAGCCUCUUGCGGAACGGCCGGACAAGCACAACCGACGCUGAAAUUUUUAAACGCGGAAUUUUGAAAGAGAAUAGCUCAUCAAAUAUCGAUAUAUUUAAAUGCGAUACCGUAAUAAAAUCGGGAUCUAUCAUGUCAGAUAUUGAACAUUGUUAUGAAUCUAGCAAGAGGAAGACGUGUAAGAAGAAGGUCUCUUCUUUGAUUCACCAGACGCCAUCCGAUGACAGGCUCAUAAGUUUUAUUAUCAACAGCGACAACGAGAAGACAGAUACAUGCCAGAAAGCGCAGACUUCUACAAUACGGGGACCGAGAGAGAAGCGUGAAUCCGCGCGAGCGGAUCUGUCGAAAGAAGAAAACGAAAACGAAAUUACACCUUCCUGGUUGAAUCUUAAUCAGGCAGAGUUACUGCACUUAAUUCUCAAAAAGAUUGUCUCAACACUUUUCGACGAGACUAUGAUAAAGUCUUAUGUGAUAAGACAAAAGCAAAAGAAUAUGAGAAGGAAUAUCCAUAAUUAUUGGAAAGAUAGCUUAGAAGAGGAAGCUAUAAAUAGAGUGCUGAAUGUAUCUAAUAGCUUUUUAGAAAAGAAGCCGAAUAUAUGCGUAAAAGUCAUUGUACAAGAAAUUGCUAAAACUUUGAAUAAGAUGACGGAACAAAAAGGAUUAUUUAAGCUGUAUCGUACUCAGGUAUAUGUUAUGUCAUACAUUGUUCAUAUUUAG